AUGGCGACCGUCGUUCCUCCCCCUUCCAAGAAGCAGAAGCUUGCAGCGAUUGUUAAAUCCCGCGACCAGGUAGAGCUCCCGGCCCCAGCACCCGAAGGAACGCAGCGCAUACAAUUCCGCGACGCAGAUACAGGCGAACCUCAAGGACCUGUCGUCUCAGUCCAACUCGCGGAUCUUUCGCCCAAGAACCUCUCUCUAUUACUCAACAGUCUUUUGGGUAAAGCCGAUCCCGCCGACCGCCUCCCAUACCGCUUCUACAACCCAUUCGGCGACGAUGGCGGCGAGUUUGAUCAAGCCGAAAUCAUCAAGCGAUAUGUGGAUGGCACUACAUCAACUGAGUUGCAGCUCGACWUCCCCUGCCGUGCGGAGGCUGUGUUCAAGGUGAAGCCUGUAACGCGCUGUGCUGCAAGCAUAUCGGGUCACGGCGAAUCGAUUUUGACAGCAGCUUUCUCGCCUGCCACCUCUUCAAAAUUGGCGACGGGAUCUGGUGACAAGACUGCCCGUAUCUGGGAUUGUGAGACGGGUACACCACAACACACUCUCAAGGGUCAUACUGGCUGGGUUUUGGCCGUAGCAUGGUCACCGGAUGAAUCAUUACUUGCCACUGGCAGCAUGGACUCAACUCUUCGCCUCUGGAACCCAAUCAAGGGCGAAUGUCUGGGAGGGCCUCUGAAAGGACAUACAAAGUGGAUCACGAGCAUAAGCUGGGAGCCAUAUCACGCCCAACAACCUGGCCGACCACGCCUCGCAUCCGCCUCCAAAGACUUCACAAUCCGCAUCUGGGACGCAAUAAGCAGAAAUACAGAUAUGGCGCUUACCGGGCACAAAGAAUGCGUGACUUGCGUCAAAUGGGGUGGUAGCGGUCACAUCUACUCUGCUUCUCGUGACCGGACCGUCAAAGUCUGGGACGCCGUCAAGGGAACUCUGAUACACAACCUCACACAACACGCACAUUGGGUCAAUCACCUCGCAAUUUCCACAGAAUUCGUCCUUCGAACCGGCUACUUCGACCACAAAGGCAAGAAAGCCGCACCAACAGAUCCAGAAGAACGCCGAACAAAAGCCAAAUCCCGCUACGAUGCUGCGUUACUCGCAACAGGAGGCGCAGAGCGACUAGUCACCGCUUCAGAUGAUUGCACAAUGUAUCUCUGGUCUCCCUCACAAUCCACAAAGCCUCUUCAACGUAUGAUUGGUCAUCAGAAACAGAUCAAUCAUGUCACGUUCUCCGGCGAUGGUGUCCUGAUUGCCUCCGCGGGAUUCGACAACCAUGUCAAACUCUGGCAGGCCAAGGAUGGGAAGUUCUUGCAUACUUUGAGAGGACAUGUGGGUCCUGUCUAUCAGUGUGCAUUUAGUCCUGAUAGCAGAUUGCUGGUGUCCGCAAGCAAAGACACGACGUUGAAGGCUUGGGAUGUGCGAAAGGGAGCGCUGGCGGAGAACUUGCCUGGACAUCAGGAUGAAGUCUUCGCGGUGGAUUGGAGUCCUGAUGGCGAGAGAGUCGGAAGUGGUGGGCAAGAUAAGGCUGUGAGGAUUUGGCGUCAUUGA